CUGGCCAAUGAGAGCGUCUGAAACUGUUCUUUGUACUAUGCACUGCGAUAGAAACACAGUUGCCUCUCCCCUUUCAGUAGUUUUCAUUUGUGGUGAGAUUCUCUCCCAGGACACAAGACAUUUCCUCCUCUGAACCUUAUUUACUAAUUUCCACUGCUUUUAAGACCCAGCACUGAAAAUGCAAUCUCAGGCGCCGGUGGUCGUUGUGACCCAACCUGGAGUCGGUAUGGCACCCCAGAACUCCGACUGGCAGACAAGCAUGUGUGACUGCUUCAGCGACUGCGGAGUCUGUCUCUGUGGCACGUUUUGUUUCCCAUGCCUUGCGUGUCAAGUUGCAGCUGAUAUGAAUGAAUGCUGUCUGUGUGGAACGAGCGUCGCAAUGAGGACUCUCUACAGGACCCGAUAUGGCAUCCCUGGAUCUAUUUGUGAUGACUAUAUGGUAACCCUUUGCUGUCCUCAUUGUUCUCUUUGCCAAAUCAAGAGAGAUAUCAACAGAAGGAGAGCCAUGCGUGCUUUCUAAAAACUGAUGGUGAAAAGCUCUUACUGAAGCAACAAAAAUCAGCAGACAGCUCUUCAGCUUGAGUUCUUCACCAUCUUUUGCAACUGAAAUAUGAUGGAUGUGUUUAAGUACAACUGAUGGCAUGGGAAAACUCAAAUUUUUUAUUUGUUAUAAAUGAAUGUUGUCCCUGAGCUUCGCUAAAUGGUGCAGCUUAGUUUCUCCUUGCUUUCAUAUUAUCGAAUUUCCUGGUUUAUGAACCUUUAAAAUUACAUUUGAAAUAUAAACCAAAUAAAAGAUUUUACUGACAAGA